UCAUUUAUUCAUACCAUGUCUCGUGUUUCAGUAUAUAAACUCUUUGGUUUCAGACUAGCCGAGUAGCCGAUUAUUUUGAUACUAUUUUUAUUACGUCUGUGGUGGAUGGUUGUGCACAUUUUGCUUCUCUGUGUUAUAUUAGAGUAAAUAAUUCGUGGUAUCAGUUUCUUGUAAAAAUAUGAAGCUUCUGACGCACAAUAUGUUAACAUCUAAAGCUAUAAGAGGCGUGACAUUGGGCUAUCCUUUGAAAAUUAUCGCCCGAGACAUCAGAGUAUCUGAAGUAGAUUUUAAUCCAGAAUAUAUUGCUAAGAUAAUUCCAAAAUUGGACUGGGCAGUGUUGUGGAAAGCUGCCGAAAGCGUAAGAUCACCUCAUAUAUAUAUAUAUAUAUAUAUACACAGG